GAUGGAAAUGCACUUCCGGUCGGUGAGACGUGGCUGACGGUGGAAAAUCCUUCAGGAGGGAAAUCGGGAGACUGUCUGCUGCAGUGCUCCUGCUCUUAGACAAGAAGUGCCUGGAUGGCAGGGUCAAGCCGGAGGAAAAACUGUAGGAAUUUCAGCCGGAUUAUUUUCCUGUGUUGGCAGCAAGGACCUAAAAGGCUCCUCUCUGCCUUACAGCACCCUACAUGUUUCUUCCAAAUACUUUGCGGAGGUCUGGGCUGAUGAGCGCAGGACAGGAGAAGCCCGUUUGGGCAUUGGCUGUGCUGCUCCUUGGCGCCGCCCUACUGGCGUCAUCCCUUGGUGGGAAGAUGAUGGCUCAGACUGCUGUGGCCCAAGCAAAGACUGCACCUGCAGGACCAGGACCAUGGUGCAUUAAGGACCUCCUAGGCCUCCAGUACCUGAACGAGCUGUUCUCCAUAAUAGAUAACUUGGAUGUUUGGUUCUGUUCCCUUGUGGGAUCGAUCGCCGUCGGACUCAGUGGUGUCUUUCCACUCAUAGUGAUACCCAUUGAAGCUGGAACAGCUUUAAAAUCUGAGGCUGGGUGUCAGAAGCUGAAGAAGCUCUUGAGUUUUGCCAUUGGUGGUCUCUUAGGCGACGUGUUUCUUCAUCUCCUUCCUGAAGCCUGGGCUUACACUUCCAGUCCUGAUGGGUCCCACAGGCACUAUCAUACGCAGGGUUUGUGGUUGAUAGGGGGUCUGCUGUCCUUUCUCAUUUUGGAAAAAGUAUUCCCAGAUGAAGACAGUGACCAAGAGAGCAAAGCUUUCUGCCAAAGAACUGAAUCGUCUUCAACAGAUCUGAGCAGCGAGGUCUCUGUGUCGCCACAAACAAAUGGCAUCUGCUCAAACAACAACUCCGACUCCAAGCCAAAGACUGACAUCAGCGUUUACACAGAGCCAAAGAAAAUAAAGACAAGUGGUUAUCUAAACCUUCUUGCUAACUGCAUUGAUAACUUCACUCAUGGGCUGGCAGUGGCAGGGAGCUUCUUAGUAAGCAGAAAGGUCGGUUGCUUAACAACAUUCGCUAUUCUGCUUCAUGAGAUCCCUCAUGAGGUGGGAGAUUUUGCCAUUCUGCUGCGAGCAGGAUUUGACCGCUGGAAAGCAGCCCGCAUGCAGCUCUCUACAGCGUUAGGAGGAGUCCUGGGGGCAUGUUUUGCUCUUUGCUCCCAAUCACAGCAUGGGGCAGAGAAUGCCACUGCCUGGAUCUUGCCCUUCACCUCAGGUGGCUUUCUCUACAUUGCGUUGGUCAAUGUGGUACCUGAUCUGCUACAGGAGACCAACCCUAGGAACUCCUUUCUACAGGUUCUGCUGUUGUUUUGUGGGAUAGCAGUCAUGGCUCUUCUCUCAGUCAUCAUGGACUAGCCACAGACGAGAACUGCUUUUAUCAAGAGUGCUACCUAGCAUGUUGGAGGAUUGGGGACAAUUCACUCCACUGGUUAUGCUUUAAAUCAUUUUUGUCACCCCCAAAGACCAUGUAGAAGAAACAGCUUUGACAAUCAGGUGUUUCCAUCUGUGUCCAUGUGUUUUAGUCUUCUCCUUCAUACACUUCUGUGUCCGGAUUAAAACUGAACUCAUGCCUGACAAGCACCAGCUGAAAGUGAAGGGAAAAACAGGUUUGGGCAAAAGGUGCUCCAAAAAUAACUGGUUGCAAUUGGUAAUAUUUUGCAUUCUUCUUCAUGUUUCUGAUAGGUUAUUUUCUAUGUCAAACACAUUUCCAAUGUCAGUUGGUUACAUCAAUGUGAUUUGCUUAUUUGCUUAUUAUAUGGAAUGCAGGUUUCACAAGUCAACACUUUAUCCUUUAUUAAGAGACAAGCACAUAUGCUUACAUAAUCAGAUUUUUGAUGGUCAUCAUCAUUGCGUUUCGAUAAACUAAUACGGCUUCACUUUUAGAAGUCUUUCUGUUGAAGUGAAAUCUAUACAAGCUCAUUUCAUGCUUCAUUUGCUCAAAUUGAGACCUCCACACUCUGCAUGACUACAUAUUCCUAAUUGCACAUACAUCAGUGAACACACUCCUGUUGUCAAACACUUUUGAAAUACUUAAGUAGCCUUCUUUUCAGGUGUUCCUCAGUCAUUUUUUUUUAAAUCGUGAUGUCUGUCUUUUCUUACAGUCUUUAGUCUUGAUGCUGAUUGUGUCCUGAUAGCCACUACACUGCUGCAUUUAGCUCUAAUUUACUGAUUUUCUGUACAGUUCAUUGUGGUCCUGGCAUUGCAAUACAUAGUUUUGAGUGAUUUCGACUAAUAGAUUGAUGGAUUCAUAAGCAGACACUUUGUUUACUUAACUGACUUGGUGCCAUUUUAUUCACAUUUCUCAAAAGCUAAAAUGGUUAAUAAAUGGAUUGUCUGUUUAAGAGUAGAGUAUAUGGAUUGUUACUGAAAAGAAUGUUCUGAACGUGUCACAUGGCAGGUCAGAACAGUCUUUGCCAGAUUGUAAAUAAUUGAAAAGAGAUUAUAUAUAUUUAUUCUGCAAACAAUGCCAUGUUGAAAGAAAAAUGUCGAACUUGUAAGUCCUCACAGUGUUAUAUUUGAAAUAAAGAAAUAUUACAGUUUGAUUCCAAA